CGAAGUCGGGGUAGGAGAGAACGAGCGAGCGGAGAAUGCUGUUUUGGAAAGUAGAAGCGCUCGCCGUCUAAUGCGGUUCAGUAACGCUGCUGUGUGAAUGUUUGUCAAUACGACAUCAUGUGUCCGUUGAGAGCAACAUGAAGUUUUCGCGGCUGUGCUGCGCCUGUUCACUGCUGGCAUGCGGCUACCUCAUCGUCGGCGCCAGGCUUUCAGAGGCUGCAGGCCUAGGAGGCAAGGAGCAGGGAGGAAGCACCUGGCUGCUCCAAGUUGACCAAAGUGGCACCCUGCCCUCGACAACACUCAAGGAGCUCCUGGAGGAGAGUGGGCCUCGUGCAGCGCCUGACGAGCACAAGAAGAAGAACACAGUGGUGCCUGGGGCUCAGCGGGAUGUCCGGCCAACUCCCCCUUGGGACACCCCAGCUGGAGCCCAUCCAUCGGCACGAACGGCUUGGCUCCUGGCCCUGGGCCUGGCAGCUGUGCUGCUGCUGCUCUUUGCUGGUCUCUGUCCCCUUCUUUGGUGGCUCCAGCGCAGCAGCCAGGCCAAGUCUCCGGGGCUCUUCUUCCAACCCCUGGAGCCACUGCCAUCGCACUGCUCGCCCCCGGAGCACGUUGUCUGCCAGCCCGAGCCAAAGCUGCUGGCCGAGAGGUCCAGCGUUGAGGUCGAACAGGAGCCAACCCACACAACACCCGUAGACAUCAGACCAUCCUUGAGGAGACCAUUUUCUGAUGCUGCUGAAAUUGUGCCCUCGAAGGAACGGCCUCCAGUGCUCCGGCUGUAGCAUCAGUGACGGCUGCAAGUGCUGCACUGUGGAGCAGCUCACUUUCCGAGACAGAUUCAGACCAGGGCCUGAGCCCAACACGCAGCCCCCUGCGACGCAAAACAAGGCGCCUUCUUGAG